ACAGAGGUAAACGCAUUUUGUUAUGAUACGUAGCCCUUGUGGUAAUCUAUGCUACACAUAACCAUAGGGCAACUGGUCACAGGUGGUGGUGAAAAAGCUCGUCGUUGUCGGCCUCACAGAGGUACGUCACGAAUAACGCCCUUGGGGCCCGCGUCGUGGGCAGAGUUCUAAGGGGAAUGGUCUGAAAGACCAUUGUGUGAAAGACUAUUGUGACCAAUAGAUAUCAGUGUUUGUGACACCCGUGUUCUCGCACGUGGGCUUCUGGAACUGACCAGCAUCAUAGUCAUCGCCAUACUCCCGCGAGCCAUGAUCACGAGCAGCACGAGCCGUACAGUCUUCCAACGUAUUUUGCCUACGAUCUACUACUAUAUAGGUGCUUUUGAAAACGUUUCGCGUUGAACCAUAAUGUCGUCCGCUGAGCGGGACCUUUCAAUGAUGGAUGCCGUGAGUAGGACACAGUGGAGCAAGCCCAGCAUGGGAAGCUUUUACGUGCUCUGCGUCGUUAUGAUUGCUGCAGGGUACCUUCGCACGGUGCAAAGUGCCAUGCAGAUACCUAUCACUGCAGCAAUGAUCGCGGCGGGCUUCACGACGGGCUUGUUCCUCAACUCGUAUGCAGUACACCUCCUGCAUGACACCGUGCUGCAGUUCGCAGACCUCAACAUGAACCGCUUCAACGUGCUCUUCCUGCCCACUCUCGUUUACACGGUCACCAUCUUUCUCAAGCGGGAGAUCUUCUGGAAAAGCUUUUUCCAUAGUCUUCUACUUGGAGUUCUUGGCUUAGGCAUGUGUUCUGUUAUUCAAGCCCUGGUGGUGUACUUACAAGACAACUCAUGUACUGCGACCGAAGCAAUCAUGCUUGGCCUGAUCAGCUCCUACCAAGAGCCAAUUUUCGCUAGGGACAUCAAUCUGCUCAUGUCAGUGAAAUCACACGUGUUAGAAACCCUUGCUGUGGCCGAGUCUCUUGUUGGAACAUCUGUCUUUGCAUUCGUCUACUCCAUCUACACGUCUGGCAUCUACUCAUUUCUUGGAGCCAUGAUUGCCUUCUUUGCCAACUUCGUGGGCGGCUUUCUUUUCGGUCAAAUAUCGGGCACCACCCUCGCUUAUCUUCUCCUUCGGCGCAGCAAAGAGGCGCAGAUAACCAUUAUCACCGCUUUUGUCUUCGUCUAUUUCACCUUCCACAUUGCACAAAUGAUGAUCAGUGGUUCCGGAGUGGUUGCCGUGGUUUCUAUGGGCCUUACUGCGUCAGCUGGAGAGAACGAAAGCAUCGCAAGCUUCUGGGUAUCGUUGCGUUUAGUACUGGGCAGUACCAUGACAUUCUUAGCCUCCGUGAAAAUGGGCCGCGAGGUAUCUCACUCUGCGACUCACAUCGAAAUAAUGGACAUCCUUAUCGCCUACACGACGAGGGUGUCGUCUCGGUUGGUGAUGGUUACCGUUCUCUUUCCUGUCCUCGCUCACACUGGUUAUCGACUCAGCUGGAGACAGGCCUUAGUUCUUGCUUGGCUGAGCCACAAGAGCACGCUCAUGGUCAGCCUAAACCUCACCCCCCUUUUUCAAAGCAACGGCGGCAGAAGUGCGGUGGAACUCGGAGUACGGAAGUUGGGAGUAACGUUUCUCAUCAAUGCUUUCAACUGCACUUUGAUACCAUUUAUACUUGAUAAGCUGGGUGUUCAAGCAGACGUGUGCACUGACGCUCCUCACAUCCGACGCGCUCGCCGUGUGAUCCGGAAUGCAUUGGAGAAAUCCCGUCGCCUUCAGCGUCAGAACGGAGUGUUCAGCGGGGCCAACUGGCUCUGGGUCUACAAUGCCACCAAACUCCCCUACACCGAGCUAGGUCAGCAUCGAGUACAACAGAACUCUGAGCCACUAGAGGGCCUGAAGCAUAUUAUGGAUGACAUGAGACAGCAUAUAAUGCGAAUACAAAAGAUGUCUUUCAUGAAGCAGUACAGAGAAGGCAUGAUUCAAAAGAAGACACAUAUACAGUUAGCCUCCAUCAUGCAACAUCCUAUUGAAAGAGGAGUGUGUCUGGAUAUAAACACUAUGCGGAGCACCGUGCGCCCACAAGCUUACAUCCACCUGCUGAAAAAGUUGCUCGGCAAAAUCCGGCCUUCACAGGCAUCUCAGACGGAGUCUUUCAGCGAAAUGGAAGGGCGCAGGAGGCGCCGUCCAAGUAGCCUAGUCAACUUCUUCGUCAAAGUGACUCGAGGUCCAGGUCCUGUGUUGUGCUCGUCUCUGGUGUCUGCGGGUUUCCUUUUUAUUCUGCACAGCGACUCGUCCAUGAGGGACAGCGUCCCGCAAUGGUUCAGCCAAACUUUCUCCAUCUGCUUGGAAGGGCUCUAUUUCAUGGUGUUUACCGUAGAGCUUUGGUGCCAGAUGCGUGCGAAUGGUAUCCGUGGAAUGUGGGAGUCUCCAUCUGUAAGACUGGACUGUCUUCUGUACUCGCUGUACUUAAUCGAGUACUGCUUUGCUGUCAUCACCGACAUGAUGGGUAAUCCGGCUCAUCUCUUCCACGGGUUCACCAUCACCUUUCUGUCCAUCAUACUCUUUAUGCGUAUCAUCAAGCUGCUUCAAAACUGGAAGGAUGUCUAUCGUGAAUUAUUCCGCAUCGCUGACACAACCAUUGACGGCAAGCUUAUUCGCAAGUACGAUAUCGGCUGGGCAUUCAUCAAGGCGGAGGACGAAGUUAUGUGCACAGCGGGUCGUAUCGCUGGAGGAGGGCCUACAACCGCGGGUAUCAUUCGUAAUCGUGCAGCUGCGGAGAAGCUUGCAAUCCUGAAAGAAGUGACCGUGCUCCAACAGAAAUAUCCGUCCCUGGAAGUCGCCACCAAGAGCAGACAAGCAGCCAGGAGAAUUCUCAACGACGCCAGGUGUGGUCUACAAGACCUGAGAGAAGGUGGCCUAAUUGAUCAUGAUCAAUAUAACGUCAUAUCGAAGAACUUGAACAAAAUGGUUGCCGGUCUAGACAAAAUGCCGGAAGGUGUGACUACGGAUAACUCCCUUCGCUGCAUCCUAAUGAGAGUUCCUUGGAUUCCGAAAAGGAACCUGCGCUACUUCUGCCAGCGAUGCCCAGUAGUACAUUUCCAAAAAGGGUCCGUCAUUAUAGAGAAGAACCACCUUGCCAGAGACGUCUACGUGCUCUGCACGGGCGUAGUGAAGAUCCAAGGCCUAGCAGAUGAAAGCAGUAUGCGGGAGAAGAUAGCCAACUCCGACUCCACUCACUUUUACACUGGCAGCGGAACCUUCACCGACUACAUGGACGUCCCUAACACCAUUGGCCUCCUGGGAUUUCUCAACAGAACCUCUUCUGUAUGCGAAGUGAGCUGCGAAACAGACGUCGACUUGUGCAGAAUUAGUUUCGACGUCUUGCAAACGGUGAUUGAAGCUCCUUGCGAACCUCCUGGUCUUCUCUAUCGGAUGUGGCAGACGGUUGCAGUAAGGAUCGGGCUCAACCUUCUCGUUCACCAUAAGCGAUACAUGGACUGGACACACGACCACAUUAAACACUUCCUGGAAUCCGGUACGAUGCCCGACCUGCUGCAGGCAUUCCAUUUUACCCUGGACCCCAGUGUGGUGGACCUGCUCCUCAUUCAAGGUCUCCUUUCGGACGAGAAGGCGCAGAUCUGCUAUCAAGGUCCCGCCUACAUACCUGAGCAUGUGCGGGAAAUUGUGUUUUUGGGUACAGUUGGUGUUCGGCCUCGGCCAGUGGUUUUGAUGACGACGGCGACGAACAUCUUACUUCCGCCCCACUAUGACUGGUACAACAAACGGAAUCAGCCAGUCCGAUACAACCAGAGUUCCUUUUCUUCGCAAGAAACACGUAGUUACUUGUAUAGUUCAUAAUGAGUGUACCCUACAGAAGGAUCGGCUCUACUGGUUAUAUAAUUCAUAAUGCGCUAACAUAACGUAUAGGCCGCGUAUACUGUGGCACUGCUCCGUUGUGUGUUGUAAUGUUUGUAGACAAUACGUGAAUCAUGCGGCAGUAGUUUGAUGCAUAUACUGCUGCCUGGAAGCGGAAAUAUAUCGUUUUGAA